ACAGCGGCGGGAAGCAAAUUAUCUACAAGCACUUCCUUAAAAAAAAAACUUCACACUCACAUACACAGAUGCCACCACAAGUAGAGACUCACAUCGUCUUAGACCUGAUGGAGGGAGCUCACUGGGAAUAACCUGACAGGAGGAUAUAGUGGCGCAAAAUGGAUAUUUAAUGUUUAUUCUUCUAUUUUUUUUGUUUAACUCGGGUGUUUUUUCUGUUGCCUCUAUUGCGCUUAAUCUGAUUCAUACUUUUAACAUACUAUACAUUUUUAAUAGUGUUAAUAACGUCAACAGGAUUUAGGCCUUAACUUGUGUAUUUUGCGUUUUGCUAAGACUCACCUGUGCGCCACUGGAGGAACAAGCGCACAGGACGUUGUAAGACAAACAGGCAACUUCCUUUAAAUAUAUCAUCUUAUCUCCUAAAUGCUCAUCUAAUAAGAGGACUACAAUGUCUGGACGGAGUACGACCUGACUUUUAACGCAACAAACUGCUGAGGUGGAGGAGUGCACCACGACCGCACUGUGACACAAAGUCCCCCCAAAACUGAGAGAAAAAUAAAAUCACAUCAUCGCCACUUCUGCAUUGCUGUUGGAAGUGUGGAUGCUGCUGGGACUGUUAACAGGCACUGCAUGAACAGCAGCUGUCAAACUCAUGGGACCCUCCUGCCCCCCGGGCGACUGGGAGCUCUGCUGAAGUCUCCACUGCGCAUGUCAGAGCGCUGGACAGCUCCAGAGAGGGAAAUUUAAAAACGGUUUUUGGAGAAUCAAGUGCAACACAGAGAAAUACAGUACAGGGGCUCGCGACCGGCUCACACAUUCUUCAAUAUCAUCCAAAACAGUGGUACCACAUAUCCCAGGAAAUGAUAGAAGGUGGAAUUACAUCCAGGAUGUCGGGAAUCAUUGAAAAUGCUGGGCAUCAUCCGUCUCCACAGGACUACAGGCUUCUGACCACGGACCCCUCCCAGCUGAGGGAGGAGGACCUCCCUGGGGACCUGCAGUCUCUGUCAUGGCUCACCUCUGUCGAUGUGCCCCGACUACAGCAGAUGGCUGAUAGCCGAGGCCACAGUAACGGGCCCUCCCAUGGCAGCUUGUUGGAGCAACAGACAGGUGAGGUGACAGGGAGGGGACAGUGCAACAUUCAAACACUGAAUCAUCUCUGUGAUUGGAUAAAUAAGGACUGCUGGAUUCUUCUGAACUUUUUGGCCUCUGCAGCUCAGCUGAGCAAUAUGACUGCGAUGACAGCAGGUCAAGGUUCCAUGCUCCACCUCCAGAGCAACAUGCAGCACAGCCCUCUGGGAAUCAGUAUCAUCAACACCCACAGCGGAAGUAUGUCUCCAUUCUCCAUGAAUGGGCUGCCCUCUCCAGGAUACCAGUGCCCUACCUCAGUCUACCAGCCUGCCCCCCAGCAGGUGUACUCUCUAACCCAAACUGGACAACAGUGUUCAACUGGUGGGCUUUAUAGCAAUGUCUCCUUCAACAACCAAAGUUUAUUUACACAACCUCGCCUGGCUCCACAAGAACAGGAGCUGCAGCCCAAGUCUUUCCCCAAGCCAAUCUACUCCUACAGCUGUUUGAUUGCCAUGGCUCUGAAGAACAGCAAAACUGGCAGCCUCCCAGUCAGUGAGAUCUAUAGCUUUAUGAAAGAACACUUUCCUUAUUUCAAGACUGCACCUGAUGGAUGGAAGAACUCAGUCAGACACAACCUGUCCUUAAACAAAUGCUUUGAGAAAGUGGAGAACAAGACAAGCAGCUCAUCCCGUAAGGGCUGUCUGUGGGCGCUGAACCCUGCCAAAAUUGACAAGAUGGAGGAAGAGAUGCAGAAGUGGAAACGCAAGGACCUCCCAGCCAUUCGCCGCAGCAUGGCUAACCCUGAUGAGUUGGACAAACUGAUCACAGACCGCCCAGAGAACUGCAGACGUAAGGCUUUAGAGCCUGGCAUGACCCGUCUGCCCGGCUGCCCAACUGGCCUCCCAUUGCCCGUCCCAGCCCAGAUGCAGCCUCAGCCAAUAGUCACACUGUCCCUGCCCUGUUUACCCAUGCACCAACACCACCAGCUUCAGGCCCAGCUCCACGCUCAGGCUCGCCUGGCCCCCAUGUCCCCUGCUCCGGCCCAGACACCUCCCCUGCACACGGUCCCUGACCUUUCCCACAGUCCACUCACCCAGCAUCCAAGCAAGCCACCUGACGAUUUCUACAGCAUGCACGGUGAUACGCACACAGAGGUGGAUGCACUGGACCCCAGCAUCAUGGACUUUGCCCUUCAAGGUAAUCUCUGGGAGGAAAUGAAGGACGACAGCUUUAACCUGGAUGCUUUGGGUACCUUCAGUAACUCACCCCUGCGACUAUCAGACUGUGACUUGGGAACAGCCAACCUGACACCUGUCUCCACUGGAGCGAACCUGCCGUUGUCAGACGUGCAAGUAACGGGCCUCUACACCUCCUACACUUCCCAGGAUCCCCUGUCUUCCCAGUACAUGGGUGCCCCAGCCAACAGCAAGCCCAUUGCCCUGUUAUAAAGCAGCUGAUCUGUCCCCAGCAGAGUCGACCUGAUUCAUUCAGCUGUCUGUGGACGUCUGUGGACGCCAACUGUAGAAGACUGAGGUCAAAGUCUGAUACAAAUCACGCUGCUUUCCUGCAGUCAGCUGGGAACUUCUCGGAGAAGGAUGUGGAAAUCAUUUAACUUACAGUCCACAUGAAAACUGCUCAUUAAGAACUAAAACUGCUGAUAAAAAAAGAAGUGGCUGUAAGAAAAAAGUAUGUAAGACUUAAAAUAUCUAGCUUUGCCAAGCAAAGACUCAAAGCCUGUAUGGGUACAAAGACUCUGUGUGGAGAUGUAAGUUAGCAUCUGCCAGUUUUCCUACUGUUCACUCUGCGUUUUAAAGCCCCACCAUACUGUAGCUCCCUGUCUCUUGUCUGUUGUAUUGUGCUAGACAUAAUUGCUGUGAUGUUUUAUUUAUAUUUAUAAAAAAGGCAGCUGGAGAAGGUGAUGACUCUAUCAAUCUUUUGCUGUAUAUAUUUGAAUGUUCGCAACAGAAAAGCUUUCUUUCGACUGUAUUUACCCACUUCAUUCCAAAAUGCCGACGUGUGCCAACACUUUGAGUAAUCCAGACUUUACACAUUAUUCUUUUACACAGUGUGAUUAACAUGUCUCAAAGUCAGAUGUAUAUUAUGUUCAAUAACUUGAUCAUAAUAAAAAUCAAAUGG